CUUCUGUUUUCGGAAAUGAAGCUGUGAUCUAUUCCACUCACAGCGGCGGGAGCUCUCAGGCAGUAAGUUUCUUUAAAGUGAAGAUGCUGUUAAUUCUGAAGAAUAUUUGGUCACAAAGGCCCGGAUUUUAUCCCAAGGACCAUUAGUGAGAGUCAACACUGCACACCAAGAAUGGCUGUUCCCCGGAAAUGUCGGGCCAACCUCACCCACAUCUGUCUUUUACUGUGUGCAGCUGGAGCGGUUUUGGGGGAGUUCCAACUGGAGCCGUUAAAUUUAACAGUGCUUCAAGGCUCUGAUGCGCGAUUCAACGCCACCGUAAAAGGACCCUGGCGGGUGAUGACCUGGAAUGUCGGAGGGUUGAUGGUGCUCAAUAUCCUCAUCACCGGUGACAUAGCCUCGUCCUCAGAGCAGUUCUCUGCCGGCUUCUGCUCUAAUGACCGCAGCUGUGUGGAGUUCACCAUCCGUAACGUCACCCGCAGCGUGGACGCCAGCCCGGUCAUCUGCAGCAUGCUCGGGGAUCAUGGCUCCAAGACGGCCCAGCUUUACAUACAAGAAAGCGGUACGGUCAGCGUCAGGGGACAAAACGUGACGGUGGUGCAGCAGGACCAGCAGGUGGAGUUCCAGUGUGUCACAUCUGCUUGGUUCCCAAUGUCAACUGUCACGUGGUCACAAAAUGGCCAAGCUGUGAACAGCAACCUGUACAACACCACCGGCAUGGCCGAUGGGGAUACCUUCAACUCCACCAGCGUCCUGACGUUCCAGGCAGUCAGAAACACCACGGUGGAGUGUCUGGCGACUGUGUCGUCGCUAACAAGCCCCCAAUUGAGCUCCGUCUUCUUGGUGGUUGUUCCCAAACCCCGCGACUGGACCGUGCUGAUAGCUGUGGUCGUGUCCAUCGGAGGUUUUGCUCUGCUGGUUUUGCUCAUCCUCGGGAUUAUCUUCUGCUACAAGCGCAGUAAAGAAAAACAGCCCAAUUACCAGGAUGAAAUGAGUAGAAGAGCGAGGACGCAGAGCCAGAUGAGCGGUGGCGAUGCAGCUGAACAAAGACAGGGUCAUGAGAACGCAGGAUACCUGCCAGAGGGCGUUCCUCCCAGCAGACUCACUGACAGCGGCUUUUCCCAGGAAAACGGCUCCAAAGUGUCUGAGGUGGCUGAUGAUGUGAACCAGGCGAGAAAUGGCUACAGCGGCGCCCACGUCACUGUGGGUGAAUCAGGCGUCAGGAAACACAGACACGUCACCAUCGUGUGAGGACAGGCACAGGACGGAAACGUUUAGGAGUUUUGGAACAGCCCCUUGAGGCUUCACUGGUUUUGCUCUCCAAACAUUGAAGAAAAAUUUAAAGAAAGACUGAAUCUGCCCGGAGAAAGGCUGUCGGUAAAAGAGGCAUCAGGGACAUUUAUUUUAUGGCUGUGUAAAGCUUCAUGAGCAGAAUGCCAACUUUCCAAAUUGUAGGACAUGCUGUAUAUUCCUCCUCAAUAGCAGCAUCAUCGCAGGACCAUCGACGGUUAAGGCUUUAUCAGCACUACUGGUUCUGGUUGUACGUGUAUGGUUCACUAACCGCCAGAGGCCAUAUUUAUGUUGAAAUGCUAUUAUAGUUUAUGUAAUGAUGUGUUCAAGACACAUAUUCGAAACCAUUAUAAACCAUUAAAUCACUUUGUUCCACCACAUCUGUAAGUGUCUUACAUUGUAAGUCCUUCCUAAAUGUAAUGUUUCUCUGCUCGGUGUCCUAUUUAGAUGGAAUAAUGUCGUAACCAAUAAACCCUUUAACAUACUGUG